AUGCAGGUGACCUAUUUGGAAGCCAGCCGGGAUCUUUGCGAGACGUACUCAAUUCUCUUUGGCGCCGCAAUGGCAGUCCGCCGUAUUAUAGGCGCCAAACUUUCCACGGCUGGACGCAAUACUGGACAAAGUAGUGCUAUCCCAGCCUGGAGAACAAGAAUUGAAGAACGUAUCGCAAAGGCUAGGGCCCUCAUCGGUAGACUGAUAUGCUUCAGGUCAUGCAAUACCAGGCCGAGGAUUGUGCGCACCGUCAGGAUGGCGUUUGCUGGGACUGGAGCGCAUAGACAACUGAAGCAGAGAAUCGCUGCUUGGGGAAAGCUGAUUCGGCGAUAUACCGAGAGGUCGACAUGGUUUAACCAGAAUCGUCUCUUCCAGAGUGAUCAGAAGAGGCUCUAUAAAUCAUUGAAGCGACCAAUGGUAAGUGAAACGGGCCCAGUACCGAAUCAGGCCGACACGGUCGCAUUCUGGCGCAGCCUGUGGUCAGAGCCUGUAAACCACAACGAGGGCCCUUGGACGGAAGUUGUGGCGAGACAGUGUGCGGGUAUUACGCCCAUGGACCCCGUCAUUAUAACGCCGGAAGACGUAGCUGAGGCGGUCCGUAGGGCCCCGAACUGGAAAAGUCCGGGGCUUGACGGGCUGCAUCACUACUGGCUGAAAGGGUUCAUGGUGUGUCAUGCUGUGCUCGCCCUACAAUUUCAAGAGGCUCUCAACCAGAAGUCGCUCCCGAGCCUCUUCACUACUGGGAUCACUCAUUUGGUUCCUAAAGAUCACGAUGCCACAGACCCGAGCAAAUACCGCCCCAUCACGUGUCUACCGACCAUAUACAAGACACUAACAUCCAUUUUGAGCGCGCGAAUCACUCGUCACCUGGACUGA